UCAGUUAUGAGAUUCGUAGUCGCUGUCUCACACGUGUCAAGUUUUAAUCUGUGAGAAACUCUGGAAUUUUGUACCUUAGGAGUUUUAUUAACAUUGUACAGUUUCAGCAGUGCUGAUUUCUACCUUCAGUAGGCCGGUUGAAAGAGGAAAUUAUUCAUUCUUUCGUGUUCAAAGAAAAAGUAACUCCUCAGGACUAAAAGAAAACCCCUUCUUUCAGGAUACACAAAUCCACGAAGACGACAAGAGACGUUACGUGUCACACAACAGUCGAUCAUGGGAGUUGAACACGGUGGAGAUGGGAAACAGAAAACUCACAGUCCAAACGACACGAAGACAUCUCAGAUUGAUCACCAGAGCGCUUGGACGUGGCAGUUCAUCAGUGUGCUGGUCAUCUCAUACACGUCCAUGUCAGCCUUGACGUACGUCGUUGUUUGUCUUAACGCCCCCACCGAGUUGAUCAAACAGUUUAUAAACGACACAAACGUGAAGAACCGCGAAGAAGCCUUGUCUAAAGAAGAGGUCGAGUCACUCUUUGGUCUACUUGUAGCAGUGGUAGGUAUUGGGAGCAUUGUCGGCUGCCUCACCGCCGCUUCUAUUGCUGACGCCAUUGGUAGAAAAUUUGGUAUCUUUCUGUCGUCUGUGACAGGAGCAUGUGGCACUCUCAUCAUGGCUCUGGCAGAGACCGCAGGCUCCUAUGAGAUGCUGUUCGUGGGGAGGGUCGUCUUGGGCGUUGGUCUAGGAUGGAAUCUUACCAUUGCCCCGUCUUAUUUGGCCGAAAUGUGUCGGCCCAGCAUGAAAGCGUUUGCUGUGGUGCUCAACAUGCUGUUUCAGAGUUUUGCCUUUAUCGUCGCGCAGGUCUUGGGGUAUGAGGAAUUCCUGGGGAACAAAGAGCAUUGGAGCCUUCUUAUUGGUCUACCAGUGGUGGUCAUUGCUGUGCACUUGUUGCUUCUGAUGUUCUGCCCAGAAAGUCCAAGAUAUUUACUUAUGAAAAAAUCUGACUAUGAAGGAGCGAAAGCAGCGCUUCGAAAAAUUCGCGGCAUAAAAGACGUUCAAUACGAUAUCGACCUGCUCAACGAAGAACUGGCGGAAUCAACGGUGGAUGCACAAAUCUCAGUGAUCGGCCUGGCGAAAUCCCCCGUCUUGAGGAAACCACUGAUCAUUGCUAUCGUGCUGGGCUUACAACAGAAUUGGUGUGGUACAAACGCAAUUUUGUUUUUCUCUACAUCCUUAUUUGAAGACGCCGGGGUUUCGACAAAAGACGCCAGAUAUGCCACAUCCGGUACAGGCAUCAUAUUCUUCAUCUGCAACAUAGUGUCCAUUGCGAUCAUACCUAGGUUUGGCCGCAAGACCAUCUUCACGGCUGGAACUCUGGGAAUGGGACUCGCAUCUGCAGUUAUAGCAAUCACGAUGGUCUAUAAGGAUGAAGUGGAAGCCCUGAAGUACGUGAAUGUCUGCGUGUCUCUGCUAAUCGUCGCUUCCUAUGCCCUGGGACCUAUUUGCGUGUUUUGGACGAUGCUGAGUGAGCUCUUCCCCCAUAGUGCCAGGAGUGCAGGCUUCGGUGUCGCCGUCACAGGUGCCUUCACAGGAUACUUCGUUCACUGCUACGUCUUUCCUGAAAUGUUGAACACCAUGCAUUCUUACACGUUCUUCGUAUUCGCUGUCAUCGACGUACUCACGGCUGUGUUUGUGGUGAUGUAUAUUCCUGAGACCAAGAACAAGUCCUUCGCCGAGAUCGCCAGCACCUGGACAUACGCCCCAGCGACGCAGACGGCGACUCCAGACAGCGACGCGGUUCUGUACCCAAAGGAGAUUGUUAUUGAGCCAGCUUCAAAAGAUGUUCCUGAAAUACGUUUUUCGCCGCCUCACUUUAACAGCGUGAAGAGAGAUCAGGAAUAACUCCAUUGCUCGUAUGAGACAAUAUGCUGUUACCUCGAAAUGUUUUAAGGCAAUGUUUGAAAUAUGUAUGAAUUGUGUUAUGUUUAUGGACAGAUUCUUAUUUCUCAUUGUCACUUUUGAAAAAAGGAUCCUUUUUGGAAAAGGUAAUAAUUUAAAAAAUAACCCAAAACAAAAACAAAAUAAAAACAAUCCUUCCCCACUCAACGUGUCUUCCAAAACGCAACUGCACAUUCUCCCACUCCCAGUGCAGUUUAACAGUAGGCCUUGGCCCUUUCUUCAAGGCAUAGAUUUAACCAAAACGUAUUUCCUAUCACGUAAACAUUAAUUGCCCCGUCUUCGAAUAAACGUCACGAAAACAGUGUAGUAAGAGUUUUAAGGCAC